AUGCGCAACUGCAGCACGAAAACGUUCGGCUCCGCCUUCUCUGUCACGGUGGUGCCGACGCUCAAGGACAACUUCUCCUACCUCAUCAACGACCACACCACCCACACACUCGCGGCCGUGGAUGUGAAUGCCGACUACAAGCCCAUUUUAACGUACAUCGAGGAGCACCUCAAGCAGCAUGGCAACGCCGACGUCACAUACGCUUUUAGCACCAUACUCAGCACCCAUAAGCACUGGGACCACUCGGGUGGCAACGCGAAGCUCAAGGCGGAGCUGGAGGCCAUGAACAGCACGGUCCCAGUGGUGGUGAUCGGCGGUGCCAACGACGGCAUCCCUGCCGUCACAAAGCCGGUUCGCGAGGGUGACCGGGUCCAGGUUGGGGAUCUCUCUGUCGAAGUGAUCGAUGCGCCGUGCCACACCCGCGGUCACGUGCUGUACAAGGUCCAACACCCGCAGUACCCCAACGACGGUGUGGCCCUCUUCACCGGCGACACCAUGUUCAUCGCCGGCAUUGGCGCCUUCUUCGAGGGGGACGAGAAGGACAUGUGCCGCGCGAUGGAGAAGGUGUACCACACCAACAAGGGCAGCGACUACGCUCUCGACAAGGUCACCUUCAUCUUCCCCGGACACGAGUACACCGCUGGCUUCAUGACCUUCUCGGAGAAAAUGUUCCCGGACCGCCCCAGCGACGAUGUGGCGUUCAUCCAGGCGCAGAGGGCCAAGUAUGCGGCGGCCGUGCAGGCCGGCAAUCCGUCUGUGCCGAGCUCGCUGGCGGAGGAGAAGCGGCAGAACCUUUUCCUGCGUGUGGCUGACCCGGCCUUUGUGGCUAAGAUGAACAGAGGUGACGCGCAUGCGCUGAUGAUGCACCUCUACAACGCCUGCGACUAA